GGUCAUGGGCAUGGAGAAGGUCUUGAUCGAAGGGAGCAUGUUGGAGAAGGACGACCUCCAGAUUGCGGGCGACGCGGCGAAGGACAUAGUUUAAGGUGAUGAGCCAAGAGUGAUGGUUUUUUAUUCUCGAAAGACUGCUAACGUCGACGACAUGGACGCGUCAAACCUUAUUCACAGUUCACAUCCUGCUUCGCAAUCAACAUCUAUAAUGUCAAACACUCAGCUCUCGUGGAAGGCCCUCGGGGACAUGAGGGUAGGGAUCUUUUUCAAGGUCACUCCCUGUCAUAGCUGGAAUGACGCGUUGACAUUCUUUAAGGUCUCGUCGAAGCAGGAGACGGUUGAGGCGUACUUUGGGACAUACAGAAAUGGACUGAUAACUAUCGCAGAAGACGUGCAGGCACCAGAGGGGGUCAGGGAGCGGGCUAAAAGCCUCCUGUCGACCACGAAUGUCGAGCUAUUCCGCCGUAAAUACGAGGCAUGGCGGCUCCAGUCGGAGAAGGAUGAAGCCAAGCAAAGUCUCGCAGAAGGCUAUGCCUCGCUCGCCAAGGGGGCCGGGAGCAUGUUAAAAGAUGGUGAAUCAUCAUCAUCGUCAUCACCACCAUCAUUAUUAUCAUCAUCACCAAGUUUCAAGAAGCGGAAGCGAACGACCACGGACGGAGGCUCGACGUCGACGACGAUCACGACCAGUACAGAGCCCGAUCUGAGCAGCCGAAAAGAGCGCUUUGCCGCGAUGGAUCAGUCACAAUUCUGGGAGCUCAGAAGCGGCAGAACUGUUGAAGAGAUCCUCUACAAUGCAAGCCUGAAGCGGGAGGCCAAUUUCAAAAUGCGGUCAUAUACGAUUGACUUUGGCUGUGAGAGGACGAGGGAGCGGAUAGAACAGGGGUAAGGACUUGAGUAGGGACUGGUGCAUGGACUAUGUCAGUAUAAUUGGAUGUGUGAAUGAAGGUUAGCAAAUGAACAAGCUUACAAGCUCAUUUACAAGACGUCAGUCAAUAAACCAUUA